AAAGUACUCUCUUUAAAAUUCAAAUAUUACGCGUUUGUUGUUGUUUACUCAAUCCUCAACUUUCCUCUGCCGUUUGAGAUAUCAAGAGAUCCCAAAUCGCACAAGCAAUUCAUCCACCAAUUCGAUUCGGUUUCAUUUGUGCUUUCUGAAAAUUACACAAUGUAGCUCGUGCAUGAAUCUCCAUAGAUAUGCUUGUGUUAGGCAAUGCUUUCUCUGCGGCUAAAUUUGCAUGUUGAAAGGUUGUUAGCAUAAUUGGAAGAAGAGGUAUACAAGUACAAAGGAGCUUAGUUGUUUGUCUUUUUCAUCUAUGUUUGGAGGUGUUGCCGUUCCUGCUAAUAGUCCACACUUACGCAAGUCUGGGAGCAGAGCUGUUGUAUAUGAUCUUGAUGAAUAUGAGGUGGAAAAUGGCGUUGAGGAAGGUUUGUUGCAUCCCGUCGAGGCAAAUGAUUUAAGGGGUGGUACAAUAUCAAUGAGUGCCGCUGCAAUAAUGCCCUCUCCUACAUUGUUGUGGAGAUUCAAGGUACUAUUAUUCCUUAUUUGGGGCUUCAUCUGUUGCAAGAUUGGAUGGGAUUCUGUUAUGAGAAUGAGUGUGGACAAGCGGGAAUUAUUUCUAUAUGAAGCAUUUUUGUAUUUUAAUCCUCUUCUUCUUGCGGCUUUGAUGGUUUGGCUUUGGGGAAUCAACUUAUGGUUUUUUGCUCAGGGUGGAGUCAAUUAUGCUAAAAUAUUUGAUCUUGAUCAAAAUCAUCUGACUCACAAAGAAGUAUGGAAGUGUGCCACAUGGAUGACAAUUAUUGUUCCAACCAGUAUGACAGCAUAUAUUUAUCUUUAUUCUCAUGGAGAAGUCUCAUAUGCUGCAUCACAACCAGUGCUCUUGUAUGCUGCUGUUGUAAUGGUUUUGAUAUUCCCUUUUGAUGUCUUUUAUUUUUCAUCUAGAUAUUACUUCUUAAGGACACUCUGGCGAAUAGUUUUUCCAUUACAGGCAAUAUCAUUCUCUGAUUUUUUCUUGGCUGAUAUUUUAACUUCCAUGGCAAAGGUCUUUUCUGAUUUGGAGCGUUCAGUGUGUAGAAUGGUCCAUCGGCAGGUUGCCACAAUUGCUUGGUUGGAAGCUGAUUCUGUUUGUGGUAGUCACUCUGUUGCAAUCCCUUUAGUUCUUGUUUUGCCUUACCUUUUCCGCUUAAACCAAUGUAUCCGGCAGUACAAAGAUACUGGAGACAAAACUACUCUUCUGAAUGCUUUAAAAUAUUCAACCGCAGUGCCAGUGAUUUUUCUUUCUGCCCUUAAAUAUCACGUCUUCCCUGAUAGAUGGACAAACUUUUAUAGGCCUCUCUGGCUUCUGUCAAGUGUUGUGAACUCAUCAUACUCUUUCUACUGGGAUGUGACUCGAGAUUGGGACCUAAGUGGCUUCACUCGAAUAUUCAAGUUCAACAAGCCGCAUCUGUUCUCACAUAUCUUACAUGGAAGGAGAUGGGUUUACUUUUGGGUGAUUGGAAGCAAUCUGGUUUUGCGUUGCACAUGGACAUACAAGCUGUCUGCCCAUCUUCGCCAUAAUUACCUAACGGUGUUCACAAUUGCUUCUUUGGAGAUUUUCCGCCGCUUCCAGUGGAUCUUUUUUCGUGUAGAAAAUGAGUGGAACAAGAUGAAUUCCAAAUCACACCUGCAGCUCUCAGUCAGUGAAAUCUCAAACGAGGAAGAUAAAUUACUUCAUUCCAGUAACUACAAUGUAUAGGCUAGAGCACAGUAUGAUGCUUUGGCAGUAUCAUAUAAGGUAUAUUUCAAAUAUUUUGACGAUAGGGGAUCUCCAUUUUGUCGUUUCAUUGGCUUCCCCUCGCAUAUAAAAUGUCAUUCUUUAUUCACUAAAAGAACAGUUUAUUCAAUUAUU